CCAGCUGCAGCAGUGCUAGGGGAAGGCACACUGCACUGGUGGCAGAGGCUGCGCGAGAGGCCCGCCCACCAUUGGUUUGCAGCCCACCCUGAACAGGCCAGGUCUGGUGGCACACCUGCUCCCUCCCUAGCUAACAGAGGCUGUGCCCGGCGGGGCGUGGUGUGCUAGAAUACCUACCUACCUACCCUCACUGUAGACAAAACAGAAAAUAAGUUGAUGAGGAUGUGAAGAAAUUGGAACCGCGGAACCCUCCCACAGUGGUUGCACCAUAGGUGGGAAAGUACAGUGGUGCGACCGCUGUGGACACGCGUGUGGUUCCUCCACGUGUGAACAUGGAACUGUGUAUGAUCCAGCAGUUCCACUUCUGAUUGUGCACCCCAUACAGUCGGAAGCAGCGACUCAGAUACGUGUACCCUCGUGUUUAUUGCAGCUUUAUUCGCAGUAGUCAGAGGGGGCAGCCACCGCGUGUUGUUGACAGAUGGCACGGAUACACAGAAUGUCUGUCUGCACACCUGGAGUAGUACUCAGCCUGGAAAAGGAAGGGCGUUCUGACACGGUGCAACGCGGACGAACCUUGAGGACAUGAUACGUAGUGAGGUGAGCUUGUCGGCCACAGACUGCUACAUCGUGCACGAGAUCUACAACGGGGAGAACGCCCAGGACCAGUUCGAGUACGAGCUGGAGCAGGCCCUGGAAGCCCAGUACAAGUACAUUGUCAUCGAGCCCACCCGCAUCGGCGAUGAGACGGCCCGCUGGAUCACCGUGGGCAACUGCCUGCACAAGACGGCCGUGCUGGCGGGCACCACCUGCCUCUUCACGCCCUUAGCGCUGCCCCUAGAGUACUCCCACUACAUCUCCCUGCCCGCCGGCGCGGUGAGCCUGGCCUGCUGCACCCUCUAUGGAAUCUCCUGGCAGUUUGACCCCUGCUGCAAGUACCAAGUGGAGUAUGACGCCUACAAACUGUCCCGCCUGCCCCUGCACACACUCACCUCCUCCACCCCGGUGGUGCUGGUCCGGAAGGACGACCUGUACAGAAAGAGACUGCACAACACGAUAGCACUGGCCGCCCUGGUGUACUGUGUAAAGAAGAUCUACGAGCUCUACGCCGUAUGACUGCAGCAGGCAGGGCGGCCGGCCGGCAGCACACCCAGCCCCCAGGACCAGAGCGCUCAGGCCCCGCAGCACGUCUGCUCUGGGUGUGAGGCAGCGGAGCCUGGGAAGGUGUCUGGGUUAAUACUUGUUAUUUUUAAGAAUAACACAGAUCACGGGUGUACCGGGGGUUUUUCAGCUCAUUACACUAAGAUGUGGAUUUCCAUAAGCCAGGAGGGGCUGAGGCUGUGGAAGUCUGUGUGGGCAGUGGAAUGUUGAUGGAAGCACACGCUACUGAGGGGUGUGGCACGUGGGGGUCUUUCAGUAUACUGUCCAGCUGUACCGUGCAGAGCCAGCGGGGGCUAUCGACCAUUAAAAUGAUGAGAAUUCACCUCCA